GCCUCCCUGAAAUCUCUUGAUUUAUGUGAGUAAUUGGACUGAGGGUAAUUGGAGUAAGCCUGGUUCAUCUACAACCGAGACUGUUAAAUUUGUACUUUCCCUUGCAUCUUUGGUCUUCUUCACACUCAACUGUGUUUGCCUCCAUUAUGCAACUGAAGCUGACACGGAUAUGAAAGAACUCCCCACUGAGAUAGGUCAUCUUACGUUACUGGAAAAGCUAGAUUUAUGUGAGUUAUUGGAGUGAGGCUGGUUUCAUCUACAACAGAGAAUGUUAAAUUUUUACUGAACCGUGCAUCUUUGGUUUUCUUCACACUCAACUGCCUCUGCCUCCAAUAUGCAAAUGAAGCUGGCACGGAUAUUACAAAGCUUCACACUGAGAUAGGUCGUCUUACCUCACUGAAAACGCUAGAUUUAUGUGAGUUAUUGGAGUGAGGCUGGUUUCAUCUACAACAGAGACUGUUAAAUUUGUACUUAACCGUGCAUCUUUUUUUUUCUUCUCACGCAACUGCCUCUGCCUCCAUUAUGCAACUUUAGAUCACACUGGAAUUACAGUGCUUCCCACUGAGAUAGGUCAUCUUACCUCUCUGAAAAAGCUAGAUUUAUGUGAGUUAUUGGAGUGAGCCUGUUUUCAUCUACAACAGAGACUGUCAAAUUUGUACUUUCCCGUGCAUUCUUGGUUUUCUUCACACUCAACUGUGUUUGCCUCCAUUAUGCAACUGAAGCUGGCAUGAAUAUUACAGAGCUUCCGACUGCGAUAGGUCAUCUUACAUCCGUAAUAUCUCUUAAAUUAUGUGAGUUAUUUGAGUGAGCCUGGUUUCAUCUACAACAGAGACUGUUACAUUUGUACUUUCCCGUGCAUCUUUGGUUUUCUUCACACUCAACUGUGUUUCUCUCCAUUAUUCAACUUUAGAUCAAUCAGGAAUUAUAAAGCUUCCUACUGAGA